UAUUUAAAUGAUACAAAAUAUGUAAUGCAUUUUGGGACCAAGAACUUAGACACGCGUCUUAAGAAAGUACUUGAAAGUACAUGAAAGUUUAGUGUGUAAUUACCUAGAAUGACACAUGGACACCAUGGAGCUGAUUUCCAGUGAUUUUGAAAUGAAGAGUGUAUUUAUAUACAUACGAGUCCAUGUCAACUGUGCGGCAGUAAACAGACAACAGGUUUGGCCAUUUUAACUAUUAUCCUACUGGAUCUAGAUAAGAAAGAACAUAAAUCACGAGUGUCUAUAUCUGGGGUUCCCUAAACUGACUGGCAUUGUCUUUAUCGUGCGACAUGUAAUACUUACAUUAAAUAACAAUCUAUAUUUACAAACAAUCCAUUACCACUGGCAAAAUCAAUUUUAAUUCACCGAUUAGCGUAAUGGACACCACUAACGAUUGUUUUCAUGGAUUGUUCUUUGUGUGCUGUGUGUUUCUAUGCUGGUCACAUGUGAGUUGUGACCCUCCGGACUGGACGAAUGACGGCCUUGGAGAUGGGCAUUCGGGGCUCCAAUGGCAGCUUGACGACGAUAAUCCCUUAACCUGGACACAUAGUAGGACCAUGUCGGCCUACUUCAUGAAAUUCAUCAUAGGCAAAGGAUGUGUCUACUCUGCAGCGUUUGUGCGCAGCCAUUACACACUGCGGUACCAGCAUGCCUCAAGGAAACGCAACGUCGCACCUUCCUCUUGUGACUGGAUCGGCUGGUCUGAAAAAAGUUGCCAUGACUACCACGUGCCGGAAGAACUAUGCUGCGCCGUAAUUGACUGCGGGGCCGCUCACAGCGCAAUUGCGUUCGAUCGUAACGAGACUAUGACUAACCGCUGUAACCUAACAAAUCAACUUCAGAAUUUACACAUGGGCUCGGCGUCGUUAGCGAUGGGGAAACGUCAAGAAACGAUAGAUAAGCCCGACCAGCAGCCUUUCACGCUGUACCGACCACCGCCGUCAGUGAUGUGUGCUGCAGAACCGUCGGCUUUGAUAGGAAGAAGAAAUAGUCAUGACGACGAAUUAAAUUUCAAGUUGUCAACGCUACUUACAGUAUUAGGAAUUCGCAACGACAUAAAUACUAGCCCCACAACGACAGUAUCAACUAUUCAUACGCAAUUCACGACGUCAGUGAGACCCGUGACGUCAUCCGACGAUAAGCACACCGGGGGACACACGCUCCCCCUUUCAGUUAAAGUGGAGCGCUGGUGUAAACAAUUCAGCAAAAUGAUAAAGCGAAAGUACCACUUCGGCCAGUCGACAUUUGUCCGUCACUCACUGUACUGGAUCGAGGACGUCUAUGCGACGUCAAGACGCCACCACGUUCCCAAACCUUACGCCCACGGGCUAAUUGGCUGCGGAAUGAAGUACGCUAUGAGAGCUUUGAACGCAAAUAAUCACCAGACGUCAUUAUAUCGGGCUGGUUUGCGGUAAUAUCAAUGAAUAAAGUUCCACAAAGAGAUGUUAUAGUGAUUUUUGUGAAUUUGAAAUUAAGCGUUAAUAAUCCUCAGACGUA